AUGGCUACUGGUAACUCGCGCACAUUCCGAAAUCUUGGUCUCCGUUCGGAGGAUGACGACGAGGACCUCAUCGAUGUUCUGUUCAGGCUGGGUGAGAAAAUUCGCCAGCGGCGGUCUCCCAAAUACGGCUUCAUGCGUAAAGACGGCGUCUACAACAAGGUUGCGACAUCCAAAAUCAUCGCUGUAGAGCAGCUCGCGCAGCUAUUCCUGAUCAUGUCUGGCGAACAUGGCCUAGCGCCAAACAUUCAUGCCAUUGAUGUGCAACUACAACCUGGCAGCACUGAUUUCCAGGCCGACUUGCGACAUAUCACCAACAUCGCGACGCUUUUACGAGCGCCGGAUCACCUGCUGAUUGUGCAAGCCAAGGAGAAUAUACUAGAAGCUGCGCAUCAACUGACCACGAUUUGCGUGUACACAGGCGCGCUUGGAGAACUUCAAAUUGGCGACUUGGAUCCUCGUCGGGUUCGGUUCCUUAGACCCAGCGAGAAGUACUCGAUCUUUGGACUUUCCCCAGUACACCGUGUCCUUCGGGAGGGGGAUUUGAAUGAUCCAGAGGAUACGGUAGAGGUAUUGAUAGAGCAGGAUGGCGUGAAGAUCACAGCUGGAGCCCUGAGUAUUACUUUGAGCGAUUCGCUGCGCCAUUUAGAGAUCAAUGGAGGCUCGGUGGCUGUCGAAGGCAAAGUCACCGCACUUGAGAUAUGGAAGGUGGGACAUGAAGUAUGA